GGACUGAAGGUCAAGCAGACGCGUUUACUUGGUUUGAAGGACAUUCAUGCACAUGAGGUUUAGAUGAGUAGAGUUUUACGAUUGGAUGGGGAUCUAUUAAAGAUAACUAUAAACGAGCUAACAAGAGUAACUGAAUUAAAAGGAAUACCGUGGUCUAGGUUUACCGAGUUAAAUCGUAUUCUCAAGGGUUUUCGUACACAUGAAGUGACAGUUUUAUCCGGGAAUACAGGAGUUGGAAAAAACAACAUUUUUGUGUGAGUAUUCGCUGGAUCUUGCCGAGCAAGGCGUCCCGACUCUGUGGGGCAGUUUUGAAAUGCCUUUGCGUAAAGUGUGCAAGACAUUGGUACAACAGUUUGCUGGUGAACCACUAGAUCCUCCUGUCCCCAGUAGAAUUGCAGACUGGGCACGUAUGUUUAGCCAAAAUGUCCCAAUAUAUUUUAUGAACCUACAUGGGUCUCAAAGUGUAUCAGAAGUAUUAAAGACUAUGGAGGUCGGAGUUAAAGAUGUUGGCGUAGAACAUAUAGUGAUCGAUAAUAUUCAGUUCUUACUAGGAGCUGGUGAUAGUAGUUUCCCAGAGCGUUUUCAACGCCAAGAUCACUUUGUUCAAAAAUUACGAUCAUUUGCUACUGAAAAUGGUGCACACAUCACAAUUGUGGCUCAUCCUCGAAAGGAGGAAAUCGGUCGUUUACUUACAAUCAACAGUUUAUAUGGCGGUGGUAAAAUUUCUCAAGAAGCUGACAAUGUAAUGUUUAUUCAGGAAGAUUCAAAGACAUCAAUUCCUAAGAAAUACUUACAAAGGUAAUAUUCAUCACGGAAUGAUAUCAGUCGGGGAACCAUUGAAAAUCUGGGAGCACUGGACAGCUGUUUCGUCCUAGUACAGGACUUGUCGGCAGUACGUGCCCACGACCCGGUUAGGGAUGGAACUCAGGACCUCCAGGUUUCACGGCGAACGCAUUAACCAUUCAGCGACUGGGUUGUGAAAAAUCGUUACGAUGGAACUUUGGGUAGUAUGGAUUUAAAUUUCCGCAAAGAUCGUCUUUCCUUCAGACCACGUGCACGUGAGCUGUAAUCCCUACAAAAACAACUACAUUUCCAAGGGUGAUUGGCCUAUAACUACAUAUUUUUUAUCCAUUUUAUUGCAAUAUCAACUACAACUAAAUAUCUUUGCCACAGAUCGCAUUUCUAUACCUUUUUUUUAUAUGACCGAAUCUUUCCAGGAUCACUUUCACCUGUAUUUAACCAGAUUUCAAUAUCAUUAAAUAGAUUAUUGCAUUCAUUGAUAUCAUUAGUGUUAACUGAGAAUGACUUAAUUUAAGUUCAAAA